AUGCACGUCAUCGCGGCAUGCCACGCCGUGCAGGACAAGGCUGCGAUGCAGCAGAACCUGCAACAGCUGGCCCGGGGGGCGCAGUGGCUGGUGCUGUGGCUGGACUGUGACAGGGAGGGCGAAAACAUCGGCUUUGAGGUCCUCCAAGUCUGCAGCGCCGCCAACCCCCGGCUGACCGUGUUCCGCGCCCGCUUCAGCGCCCUCAUCCCGAGGGAGCUGAACCACGCGAUGGCCACACUGGGUCAGCCCAACCAGCUGGACGCGCUGGCGGUGGAUGCCCGCCAGGAGAUUGACCUGCGCGUCGGCGCAAGCUUUACUCGCUUCCAGACGCUGCUGCUGCAGGACCGGUUCGAUUGGGCCGCGGGGGGCCUGGCCGACGACAAGCCGCUGAUCAGCUACGGCCCCUGCCAGUUCCCCACGCUGGGCCUCAUAGUGCAGCGCGCCUGGGAAAUCCAGUCCCACGUGUCAGAGCCCUUCUGGUACAUCCACGCCAGCCUGCGGGUGCCGCCCCCCCAGGCCUCGUCCUGCGACUUCACCUGGGCGCGGGGGCGGCUUUUUGACCGGGACGCCGUGACAGUGCUCUACGAGGCGUGCAGCGAGGCGCCCACCGCCACAGUCACACAGAUCGAGUUGCGAUAG